AUGAAGCUUACACCAAUGAAACCUCUAUAUCCUUCUCAAACUCUAGUACCUACUUCAACGACGAUCAAUAACGUAAAGAAACUUGAGAGUAUAACCAUGAUUAACCAACCAUCGAAACCACACAAAAUAAAGAAGCCACAUAAAAUUGAGAAAACCAUAAAUAAGUUAGAAAAUAGUAACUUAUCAUCAUCAUCAUCAUCAUUGUCACUAUGUUGGAGAUCAAAGAAAGUUGGAAAGAGAUGGAUGGAGUAUCAAGGCGUGAACAAGUGGGAAGGUUUACUUGACCCAUUGGAUGACACUUUACGUGCUGAAAUUCUUAGGUAUGGUCAGUUCGUGAGUGUUGCUUAUAAAUCCUUCGAGUUUGACCCUUCCUCACCCUCCUACGGUUCUUGCAAGUUCCCAAAAACCACACUUUUUGACAAGUGUGGUUUCCCAAACACAGGGUACAAGGUCACCAAACACCUACAUGCAACCUCGGGUAUUGACCUACCUCGUUGGGUGAACAAGGCACCAACAUGGGUUUCAACCCAAUCUAGCUGCAUUGGCUAUGUGGCAGUGUGUGAGAACAAGGAAGAGAUCAAAAGACUAGGUCGUAGAGACAUUGUUAUUGCAUAUCGAGGAACAGCCACAUGCUUGGAAUGGCUUGAGAAUUUGCGUGCCACUCUCACCCACCUCCCAAUGCCAUGCAAAAGAUUGAGAAACUUUCCCAAGGAUCAAACCACACCCCCAAUGGUUGAAACUGGGUUCUUGAGUCUCUACACUUCUCCAUGUAAUUCUACUAUCAGUCUUCAACACAUUCUACGCCAAGAGAUUCAUCAGAUUCUCCAAACCUACGCCGGUGAACCGUUGAGUUUAACCGUCACCGGUCAUAGUCUUGGAGCAGCCCUAGCCACUCUCACUGCCUAUGACCUCAACACCACCUUUCUCCGGUUGCCGAUGACCACUGUCUUAUCGUUCGGCGGUCCACGUGUUGGAAACCGAGGCUUCCGAGAGCAUAUGGAGAAUCAAGGGAUUAAGGUUUUACGUGUAGUAAAUUCUGAUGAUGUUGUCACCAAAGUUCCAGGGUUUGUGUUCCAUGAGGGCUGCGUGGCAAGAAGCCAAAGUGUCCACGUGUCAGGAGUACAAAAGUGGAUGAAGAAGAUGAUGGAGAAAGAAGAGAGGGUGUAUGCUGAGGUUGGGGAGGAGCUUCGGCUUUGUAGUAGGGAUUCUCCCUACCUUAGAAGCACCGACGUUGCCACAUGUCAUGAGUUGAACACUUAUCUUCACCUUGUUGAUGGAUUUGUAAGCUCCAAAUGUCCAUUCAGAGCCACUGCGAAGAGGUUCAUUACAUAG